CCAUGACAUGUCCCACACAACACAACAUAGAUCUCACAACAUGAAAGCAUGACAGAGUAAAAGGUUUUCUUUCCAGACAGCAACAAUGAAAAAAAAAGGAAAAAUUUAGAAUAAUGUCAUCAUGAUAGAUAGUAUUCUAUCAUUUUCUUUCUCUUCUUUUCGUGCCGCCCCACACUCUCUCUUUUUUCAAACCAACAAAGCUCACAUAUCCAAUGCCAUAACACAUACAUUCAGCUUCUUUUGUGAAUGUUUUGUCUCAUAAACCAAACAAAAAAAUAUACAUAGAAAAAAAAAACAGGGGAUUCCCACAUAUCCUUGAUUUCUGGGAUUGGAUUUAUCAUUGUUGUUCUGUGUCAUUCAUUUUGAUUCAUUGGUGUUGAGGUUUUAGCUAAGGGAAGAGUUAUCAAAGAGAAGGAGAUGGGAUCAGUGAUUGAAAUUGGAAUCAAAAUUAGGAAAUUUGUUUUCAUUUCAAUCAGAGGGGUUUACAGAUCAGCUUGCCAUCAUCCAUUUCUUUUGGGAUUUUUAGGUUUUUUGCUGUUUUUGUACAUAUAUUUUCCUUUUUUGUUUUCUGUUUUGGUUUCUGCAUCUCCUGUUUUAGUCUGCACUGCUCUUCUGCUUGGGACCCUUCUCAGUUUCGGACAGCCAAAUGUGCCUGAGUUUGAAAAGGAAGAGAGAGUUACUCAUGGUAUUUCAUCGUUUCAAACUGGAUUUUCGGAGGGUGAAACCAUUGUUUCUGAUAGAGAUGAGAGCUAUUUUGUGAGAGGAUAUUCGGAACAUAGAAGUGAUAUCGAAGAGAGUGGCGUUGAAGAAGCGAGUUUGGUGGCUGUUAAAGAUGAUAGGAGUGAGGAUGAUCAUGGUUUGCUUUAUGACUCUGCGCUGGAUGAUGUUAACUUGCAGGAUAUUCAGCAUGAGAACGAAGUAAAAGGGGAUGUAGAAAGGGAAUUACAUAGUUUUGACUUAGGAAAGGGCAAGGAAGUUCAUGACGGGAACCUCACAUCCGAAGUUGUUUCAAGUGACGACGAAGCUAUUGAGAAACAGUAUGUCAUGGUUCAAAAAGAAGAUGAUGAUGAUAUUUUUGAAAUUGAGAAUGGGAAAGCUCGGGGAGGCGGGUUUGAUUCAUUUAAGGAAGGUGAUGCAGAUUGUUCGCCUAGUUCAUCUUGGAAACGGGUGGACAACAACACUGAUGAAGACGACUCUGAGGAUUCAGGGUCUGAUAGGGCAGAGAGUUCUUCACCGGAUGCUUCCAUGGCUGAUAUCAUGCCGAUGCUUGAUGAGCUCCACCCACUUUUAGAUGUAGAUGCCCCACAGCCUGCUCAUUUGUCCCAUGAUGGUUCUGAUGCUGCAUCCGAGAAAUCUCAGAAAAGCGACAACGAUGAUGACGAUGAUGACAAUAGUGUCGAAUCAGAUGAAGAUAUUGAAAAUCAUGGUGAAGCGGAAGAAGAUGGUGUUGAUGAAGAGGAAGAAGCAAUGGAGGGUGGCCAAGAGGAUGAAAGUAAAUCUGCUAUCAAGUGGACAGAGGAUGACCAAAAGAAUCUUAUGGAUCUGGGAACUUUGGAGCUUGAAAGGAACCGGCGAUUGGAGAGUCUUAUAGCUAGGAGAAUGGCAAGGAGAUUGAUGACUGAAAAGAAUCUAAUAGACUUAGAUACUGCCGAUGUUCCCUCUAAUGUUGCGCCUAUUUUUGUUAGACGAAACCCUUUUGAUUUCCCUGAUGAAUCUUAUGCUGGCAUGGGAUUACCACCCAUUCCUGGUUCCGCUCCAUCUAUUCUACAGCCUAGACGAAACCCUUUCGACAUUCCGUACGACCCAAAUGAAGAAAAACCUGAUCUUAAAAGGGACAGUUUUCAACAAGAGUUCACACAGUUUAAUCAAAAAGAUGCAUUUUUUCGGAGGCAUGAAAGUUUUAGCAUGGGACCAUCAGUAUUGGGAAUAUCUAAGCAAGAGAGGCAUGAUAUUAAUUGGAAGCCUGUGUUUGUAUCCGAAAGGAUGGUUUCGGAGGGAACAAGCUAUUUCCAGAGGCAAUCUAGUGAAGUAAGUGAUUCAAAGUUGAGCGAAGUAAGUGAUUCAAAAUUGAGUUCUGUUCCAGAUACUGAGUCAGCAAGUUCAGGUGAUCAAGAUGAGAGGAAAUUAAGUGAACGGGACUUGUCUCCAGAGACUGAAUUAACAUCUAAUUUGGAUGGCGUUUCUGUUGAGGUUGGUCAUGGAAGUGGAUCCUCGGAAGAAAAUGAAUCUGUGGAGAUGAUACAGGGUGAGGAGAGCAAUGUUUACCGUGAUGAAGAUGAAAUAGUGCUCGGUGGAGUGGAAGAUCCUUCUGAGAUGGAAUUUUAUCCUGCAACAGGAGAGCUUGAAAUCGACGAGCAAUUCAAUGAUGAGGUAACAGAUUUGACAAGAGAACCAAGUGUUGAUGUGAGCAGCAGUAGAUCAAGCCAGUCCUACCGAUCAGAAGUGAUUGACGACAUACCUGAUGAGGAAUCAGAAAAAACUGCAAAUUUGCAGCAUGAAGAUGGUCACUUCCCAGAAUCGAGAACUUCAACCCAAACUUCAGUGGAGGAAUCGAUAAUUUCAACCCGAACUUCAGUCGAGGAAUCAAACUUCCAGCAUAUAAGUGGUGAGGUGGAAGAGACCCCACUGGUACCAGUUUAUGACUGUAGCCCACCCUCAGCAGAACAGCUUAUAUCUUUUUCUUCCGUGUCUUCGGAUUCAGCAACAGAGUUUUCUGAGACAGCAUUGCAUCCUGUCUCAGUCGAUACUACUGCUGAUGUGGCUGAUAAAGAGUACGAGCCGAAGGACAGACUGGAGGAUAAUUCUUCUAAUCAUGAGAAAAUUCAAGCAGCCUCUUCCGAACUGCAUGUGGAAGUCAAAAAUGAAAUGAGGUCCGAGAAAUCUGAAGAUAUAGAUGAUACUGCAGAGGAGUUAUCUGCAGUUAUGCCAAGUUUUGUUGAUCAAAAUGGACCUACAAUGACUGAGUUUUCUGUGGAUUCGAACUUUUCUCUGGAUAUUGGAUCAGAAAAGGGUGUAACUGAUUCAGGUUUGUUUCAUGAACAGGAUAUAGACAACCACAUAUCUGCAGAUUCUGAAAUGCUUCAUCAAGACAAUGUAGAGUCUCCAGAUUCAAACUAUCAACUGGCUUCUGAUAAGUUACAUCUAUUGGAUAAUGAGUCUGUGGAAGAUGCACUGCCCAAUGCAGUAUCUAGACUAGAUAAUGAAGAUAUGUCUGUUUCAGUACAAGAUGAAGAUGAAAUGCCGGAUUCCGUGGCUUCUGAUUCCCACCAUAUACCUUCUAAUGGUUCAUCUGUGCAUGCAGCAGGGGAUUCACAGUUCUUACCAGUAGAAACAGAACAUUUAGAGAAAAAUUGGUCAAAUGAAGAACGCAUAUUUCCGAUCGAACAGGAUAAAGUCUUGUUGUCAAGUUCCAGGGAGCAAGGUAACACCAUUAUCCACCAAGAUCUGGAUAAGAAUAUGGUUUCUUUCACUUCUGAUAACCAACAAGAAGUUGAUGUCAAGUCUCCCUCCGACUUGGAGAAUCAUCUGUCACGCUCUGAUAAAUUGGUAGAUGCACAAUUUUCGAGUGAUCACCAUGAAAGUCAUAAUCCUGAUAACAUUAUGGUAGAACCUUCACAGGAUGCCGGCACUUCCAAUGAUGGAGUUGGAGAAUUGCAUGAACAUGACUCCGUAUUUGAAACUCCUAUUAUGAUCUCUUCUGUGACUUCUGAAAAUUCUGACACCCCUGAAUUCCGUUCACCCACUGGUGAAGUGGAUUUGGAAGUUUAUAAGCAUCACGGGGAAGUUGCUAAUGAAGACCAAAAUGAAGCACAACAAAACUUAGUUCCUUCAGCAGAGGGCUACAUGUCUCCAAAUAAUGAAGAAAAUUUCAACGAAUUUGAUUAUAUGAAGGAUAUUGACGAGGAAUUCUUGUCAGAAUUGGACACAGUUGGGGAUUUUAGAGUCGGUGAUGCUGGUGUAUCGCAUCAUACUGACUACGUCCAUGAAGAAACUAGAGAUGCUCAACUUAGUUCACUGCCCGAGGAUGUAAAAAUAGCAGAGGUUGAGCAGGACAAUGACAUACCAGUUCUUGAAGUAAGAUCACUUGAAGAUAUUGACAUAGCUUUUAAGCAACUUCAAGAAGGAGUUGAUAUUAAUGAUGUCAUCCUUCCGAGUACAAUUAAGGAUCAGCUUGUUAGUGAUGAAUCUAGAGAUCACGUAGAAGUUAAUUCAGACCUUCAAGUCAUUGAAGCCAGAUCCCUAGAAGAUAUUGAUGUUGCUUUAGAGAAAAUAUCUGAAGAUAAUCAAGGCGAGCUGCCAGAAAAAAGAGAUGCAGAAGAUGCUUCAGUCAAACUGGAAGCAAAUGAAGAUGGCUCAGCGAAGUUGAAUGAAUCAUUUGAUGUAUCAACCAGUGCUGAAGAAACGAGCAGAACUCCAGUUGAUAAAUUGGAUAAUGUAUCCAUUAGCGGCUCUAGUAAUAAGGAAAAAUCUCACAGUAGGAAAUCUAGUUCUAGUUCCAGUUCCAGUUCGAGCUCUAGCGAUUCUGAUUGAUGCCGAGAGAAGUCAUUUUGAGCGAGAGCUGAAAGAGUUUUUUCUUAUUUAUGUUGUUUUGCGUAUUUUUCUUUGGAAAUGGGAGUUUGAGUUUCUUUCUAGCCUCAGAAGUACCAUGGGGUCUUGGCUAAUGGUAGUCAGGUCAGGUUUCUAUAAUUUUGAUGGAUUGGUUUCUUCAAGAAUGAGUUUUGGUUUUAUUUCUUGAAGCUUGCAGUUUUUUGGUUAAAUUUUACCCUUCAGUGUGAGCAAUUUGGUAUAUAUAUAGGGUGAGAGCUUAUUUCCAACAGUGUUGCCUCUUGUGUAAUCCAAAAGAAAUUGGAUUUUUUGUACAUUAUAAAUUUGAUUAUAGAAAUGGUGAUUGAAUUUGUUUCUAUGUAUACAUCAA